GCGGGGCGGUGCGGGAGCGGUGCGGGGAUGGAGGAGAAGGAGCAGCUGUGGCGGCAGAUCCGGCUGCUGCAGGGUCUCAUUAACAACCACAAAAACACACACGGGGACGUGCCACGGGCACUGCCACUGAGAUGGAACAACCCCCACCAGCCUGGCUACAGCAGGAGGGGGGCAUUUUCAGCCAGGUACCCCCAACAAGCCCCCAGGGACUUCCAGCUGCACCAGAGUCACUCCUGGAAGAAAAAAUACUCCCUGGUCAACCGGCCGCCGGGACCGGGGUUUGAUGCCGGAAGCGCUGGCGGUGCUGGCACCUCUCAGGCUUUUGGAAGCUGUGGGGACAACCAGAGACCUGAGGCAGCAGAAUUGUCCCCAGAGAGACACGUGGGCUUAACCACAGAUGGGAAUAUCGUUGUGGGGAUCCAGCUGCCUCAGAGGGCUGGUCCGUUGGGAGAUGGGGAAGGCUUGGCUGCCGUGAGCUCUUACGGGGAGUUUCCGGGGCUGCAGGCGGUGGUGGCUGCUGCAGGUGGUGGGAAAGAUGUGCCAAAAGCUCAGUACACCAGCCAGAAGGAAGAGAGAAGACCUUCCCUCUCUGUUUCCUUCAGCUCCUCUCACCGAUUUGUCAGCUCAGCCUACGUGGGCGUGGAGGAGAAACCCAGAAAGGUGCUUCUGGCCGGCGAGGUGGCCGGGACCUCCCCUGCCUCCUGUGGAAGCACCAGUGAAAGUGCUGUGACCUUGAAGUCAGAGCCUCAGGAGCCUUCGGUGUUGCCAGGUCACCAACCAGCUUGGCACUUGGUACAGAGGAAGGUGGAGCCACCAGCUCCAGGACAGUCCAGUUGUGAGCAGGUUGGGGUUGUUUUCAGAGAGUCAAAGCUCCUUGGGAGUGGUGAGACAUGCUCUCAACCUGCUCAAGCUGCUGCUUCAGUGGUUGGGUUGGCUUCAGCAAAGGGCAGGUUUUCCACAGUCCCCAAAGCUGCUGGUCUCCAAAGAGCUGCCUCAACAUCCAUCUCCAGCAAAGCUCCAAAGUUCAGGAAAACUAAUUACACGUGGGUUGCAAGUCCUGGUAAAUCCUCUCGUCCUGUGAAGAGAUGGGUCAGCCCAAGGGCUUCUGAAGGUGUUAAGAAGGUUGCUGGGGGAGUGGACAAAGGUUUUAAACUCUCACCAAAAGCAGAUUUGGGAGCAAAGCUGAAGAAAUCAGGACUUCAGUCCAAACUGGGUGUUUCUCCCAGCAAAUAUAAAUGGAAAGCCUCCAGCCUGCAGACUUCACCCUCCACCUCCAAGUCAGCGUUCCGGUGGCGAUCUGAGGAUCAGAAGAAGCCUCCAACCCUCAACCUCCCACCCCCUCUGAGCACUGGGUCCGUUGGUCUGGGUGGGACAAAACCCUCCGUGGGUGAUGCCUCGUUUUCCAGUUAUAAAGUGAAGAGCAGGACAAAAAUCAUCAAGAAAAAAGGGAGCUUGGGUGCCCCCACUGAGAAGAAGAACAACUCCUCACCCACCACCCCCCUGAAGAGCCACUUCCAUCUCAGGAAGAAGAACCCCUUGAGAGGGAAACCUUCUGUGCCACCAAAACGCUCCUCACCCAAGGGCCUGGUGCAGAUCACCAAGCACAGGCUCUGCAGGCUGCCAGCCACCAGGAUGCAGGUGUCCACCAAGGAAGGACCCAACUUGCACUUCAUAAGGAGCCCCCCAGGCAACAAAGUGAUAAAAACACGCUACAGGAUAGUAAAGAAGAACGUGGUGUCUCCAGCCUUAUCAUCCUUCAGCAGCCCCAUUCCCAGCUGGAAGACGAGGCGCCCUGUGACAUCCAGGUCCCCACAGUUAAACCCAACCCGCCCUUCGCCUCAGGGCAGCAAAUCCCAGCACGUGCAGCAGAGAUGGAGGAGCAAAGGCUUCUGCUGCAUCGGUGGGGUGAUGUACAGGGUGUCAGCCAAUAAACUCUCCAAGACUUCCAGCACCCCCAUCCGGGCCAGAGACCUGAGCACCAAGAGUCCUGGCAGAGCAGCAGGGAGGUUGCUGUGUACGCCCAGUCCUGGCUCCUCUCCAUCCAGCUGCCUGAACAGAUCAGCUACGAGCCGAUACAUCGCCAGCCGUGCAGUUCAGAGGAGCUUGGCCAUCAUUCGUCAGGCCAAGCAGAAGAAAAAGAAGAAGGAAUAUUGCAUGUACUACAACCGCUUCGGGAAGUGUAACCGUGGGGAGAGCUGCCCCUACAUCCAUGAUCCAGAGAAGGUGGCUGUCUGCACCAGGUUCCUCCGUGGCACCUGCAAGAAGACAGAUGGGACCUGUUCGUUUUCCCACAAGGUGUCCAAAGACAAGAUGCCUGUGUGCUCCUACUUCUUGAAAGGGAUCUGCAACAACAGCAACUGUCCCUACAGCCACGUCUAUGUGUCCAGAAAGGCAGAAGUGUGCCAGGAUUUCCUCAAAGGCUAUUGUCCCAUGGGAGAAAAGUGCAAGAAGAAGCACACACUGGUUUGCCCCGACUUUGCCAAGAAGGGUGUUUGCCCCAGGGGUGCCUGGUGCAAGCUGCUGCACCCACAGAAGAAGCGUCACUCAAGAGAGGAAGAAGAUGGGGACCGCAACGAGCCCCUCUCCAAGUGGAGACGGGUCAAGGAGGAGACAAACAGGGAUGAUCCAGCUCAGCUCCAUGAUGAUGGAGAAAUUCCUGGACCCUCCAACAUGGAGCCAGAGGUGAAGGUUAAGAAAGAGAGAGGCACCUCACCAACCAGCUGGCUGCAAAAGCUGCCGUCCUUCAUCUCUCUCCAGUCCUCACCAUCCCCUGGUCACCAAAGCUGCAAAGUGGAGAAGGAUGAGGAUGAGUCAGAGGAUGAGCCAGGCAGCAACAAAUGGAAGAGGACUUUGCCACUGGCAUCCUCACGGGACUCCGAAAACACCCGUCUGGAGGAGGGUGGCAGAGGCAAACGGCUGCAGAUCAAACCCCGUCUAUGAGCAAGACCCAACCCAACCAGUUCAGGAACUUCAGAGCUGGGCACGACCUGACACCUACCUCAGGACACUGUGGCUGGAUGAAACACCCUUUUCUCCUCUUGCUUUUCUGGGACAUCAUUUUGGCAAGAAGCCGGUGCCAACGUGGGGACGCGCCACCAGUUCCCGCAAGGAAGCGACUUUGUUUGAAAUGUUUUAAUUUGCCAAUAAAUUAUCUUUUCGGCCUGUUUGUUGAAGGUGAGCCUCACCACCAGGCUUCUUGGAUGCUUGGGGAGCUGCAAAGAGGCUCCUGUCCCCAUCAGUCCUCCUGCAGAUUGGUGCUGCUGUCCUGGAUGUAAGGUGACAUGGGGACCUGAGGAGGUUGAUGCCAUCACCCAACAUAUCCACAUCCAGGUCAGCCAAUGAACUGGGGAUGAGAGUGGCUGGUGGUCACAAGUGCUGGGAUGUAAUGGGAUGUAACAGCCCUGUGUGGCUCAGCUCUGACCUCUCCGUGCCCAGAACCCACCUCGCAUCCAUCCUGCUCCAUCCCCUUGCUUUUGGGAGAGAUUCCUUUGAGUGGAGCAUCCCUAGUGGAAGUGUGUGCUGGGAGCUGUGCUGAGCUCACACCAGAUGUUCCUGCAGCACAUGGGGCUCUCCCACCACUGGCUGCACCCUAACCCCCACCAUUCCCCAUCCCAGCAGGGGGUUGGUCUCCCUUGGGACACCCAAACCAGAUCUUUAGGGGUUUUUUUUUUGGGUCCCUCCAUAUCCAGGCAGGAGCAAUGCAGAUGGAGAGCGUUGUGCCAAGCCAAGAGCUGAUGGGUUUUUGCAUCGAUGGGGACAAUUUUCAUGGAUUUUGGGGUGAUGGGUGCUCUUCCCCUCCAUGGAUGAGAUUCUGGGGACAGAUGCAGCACCUCCCUUUGCCAAGAUGUGCCAAGAGCAGCCAUAUGGGGUGGCCAGAUUUGCCCAUCUGCUGCCCCUCGAUCACAGAAAAAUCCUGUGGGGAAAAGGCAUCAGCAGGGACAUGGGUGAGCUCUGGGGUUCCCUGGAGACCCGGCACCCAGGGGCUUUUGGCCAUGGGGUGGGCCUUGGAGCCACCACGAUGCCACAGGCUCACGUGCACCAUGGCUCCAUGAGAGGGCCUGAUGGUUUUGUCCCUGCAACUGGGUGACCUGGGACCCCCCUUGGGAGGGGUUUUCCUGUCCCUAGGUGAGCACCCAUGGGUGCAUGCACCCUAUGGAAAGGGUCUUGUUAUCACCCCACUGGAGGCUCCCCCCUGCCUGGCUCGUGUUGGUGGGAUGUAUCACCUGACUCAGGUGACUUGGGGCAUGACACCCACCAUAGGUGUGAUGUCAUAAAUACCUGUCACCUCCCUGGGCUCCCCUUGAUGCUGCCAAUUGCUGAACCAGCAGCCUGUGGCGGGGGGAGUGCUGAUGCCACUUGGAGACCAAUUUGGGGUGGCCACAUCACCAGCUAUCACAGGUCCCCACUCUGGGGCCACACCUGGACCCCGAUGUGUGUACAGAGAGGGUUUUUUUUUUUAAGAAACUCUUUGUUGUUUCCGUUAACAUGAAGUGUCUUUUUUGAACCUUUGUGUUUUGAUAUGUAAAUAAAAGUUCCCUCCCCGGGUG